GUAACCUGAUUGUCUGCGGUGUGACCUGGAGACAGCAGAGUGCGUCAAGUGUCUCUACGUGAUCAUGUCUGCCACCCGACUCUGCCGUUCUGCUUGUCCCCCGGCCACUCAACCUCCUGGCCUCCUCAUUCACCUCUCAUGGGCCCGUCUGUACAGAGCGUAGUAUGCUGGCGCUUGUGUCUGGGCGUGAGCUGAGCAUCAUCGCGGGUGCAGCAGUGGGCGGGGCUGUGUGUGUGGGCGUGAUGAUAGGUGCACUACUGUACAUGCGCAGACGCACCAAGCCUCCCCCGGACCACCCCCCUCACCACCACCACCAACACCACAACCCCCUCCCCAGACUCUGGCGGGAUAAGAGACCAAACACUACAGAAGUGUCGGUGGCGGAGGAGGAGCGAGCAGAGUUCCUCGGUCAGCUGGCGACACUGCGGGGAGAGGCCACCAACUUCCUGGAGAUGCUCACACACACCAGGAACCGCUUCAGAACACUGCGUGGACCUGACUCUCCUACCGAUACUAAGGCUAAGGCUUAUAGGGCGGUGGUGCGCGACCUGUCGAGGGUGCUGACGCUGCUGAACCGUCGGGAGGAACACAUUGUGACAGUACCCGGGGACUGGCGGAGGCUCAUGUCCUGGGCGACCCGAGUCCUGGCCAGGUACAAGAGACAGAAGGCUGCCAGGAACGGGGAGGCACCAUCGUUACAGCCUGUGUCUACUGGCGGCACACUCUACCAGACACGGCGUCAGGCACAGGCCCAGCGCUGCCGGCUUGUGACCCAGGGAGCCCAAACCUCCUCGCAGCUCCAGAAUUCAUCCGGGGACCUCCACCAAGAUCCUGAAGGACUCUACUCGUCAUACAGUGACGGGGGCCCGCUCAGCCUGAUGGGAUCGAGGACGACUUCGCUCAUGAGCCUUUCACCCAUAAUCCUUGAGGAAGACGAGGACGAAAACAAAGACGAGGUGCUUUUCGAGGACGAUAUCGAGAAUCACCACAUAGAAGAAAAUUUCACAAAGGAUUUCGACCUUCAGCAUUCCUUAGAGGUUGACUUCCAUAUCAACAACGAGGAUCUGCUCAGAGGAGACAAGAUCCACAAUGAAACUAACAACAAUAUUACCAAACACAUGAAUCACGUCAACAGAUUCUUAAGUGACAAGCAUCGACCAUCUCCAACCACAACGGAGAAAAUCAUGAACCUGAAGAACAUGGAACGUUUAUUAGAAGCCAACAACAACGAUAAACACAUCCUGCCAGACGUAACUCGCCAUGAACACAACUAUGAGAACCAUAAGAUCUCAGAGGAUAUGUUCGAACCCAAAAACGAAACUAAAACAAACCAGCUCAAGAGCCAAAAAUCUUGUGGGGAUCUUCGACUCCUUGAGAACGAUACAAUCAAUGCUGCUCUAUCUGGUGAAGAUGUUUAUAUUAACAUUAUCAGAAAACCCGUCAUGGUGGGCCUGAUGCUGGCUGGAGAUCCCUUUAGGGAUGAUACAGUUGAUAAUGCUGAAAAUCUUAAACGCGGAGCUCAGCUCACAACCACCAAUAUACACCCGGCAGUCAGUUGUAAGGCUGAAGUAAGGCUACAUAUGCCAGGCCCAAGAUGUGAGUUAACUACUGAACUUUAGAUUAAAGGAAGAGUCCAAGUUUAUAUGAAAAUAAAUUAAGAGUUUUUUCUCAAGACGAGUAAAAUGUGAUGCUGUAAGCCAGUGAUUUCGUGUUGAACACUCGUGAGAGGGCGAGAGAAAUGAGAAAACUUAGACUAAGGUUCCCAAGAUGCAUUAAGUGAGACCACCUGACAUUAAUGUCAGUGACUGGCAGUUUUUUGCGAGUGGUGAUGUGUCCAGGUGCCUGAUGGUUUUCACUGGUGAUAAUACUUAUUAAUGUAAUACUAUAUCGUACUUCUUCCUCAAGAUAUAAGAAAAACUAAAUACUGUACCAACAUUUCUGUGACGUCUGUGUUGUGAAAGUGAAGAUAUUACUGCUAAGAAUCAGUACAUAAUAAGUGUUGGCAAACGAAACGCCUUUUUUUCCAAUAAGAGUGAUCCCAUAGAAUUGUAUAUACAGUUCAGUUCAUGGACCAGUUAUUCCCUAAGAUUGUGAUGAAACAUCUUACAGUUUAGCAUCCGGAAUGGACAGUGUUUAAACCUCUCAAACUAUUGACGUCCAGUGUAAAUACAUAGUUUUCAUAACUAUAUUAUAGAUAAGUUUUAAAAGUCUGUUUAAUAUUUUGAUCAGAGUACUGUAUUUUACAAAAUGUACUGUAUAUAUACUAUACUGUAAAGGCAUACUAUAUGUUCAUCAGAUAUACUAUUCGUCCAUAAGCAGUGAACAUUAGACAGAUUUCUACAGUACAAACAAGUGAACAUACACAACAAGAACGGAUCAUCCACAAGUGUUCGUGUGUUAAUGUAUCGUUAAUUCAUUGCUGGUAUAUUCCACGACACUGUUAUUAAGGUUGUGGUCACUGGAAACCAAAUAUAAUGAAGCCUGACACCCUAAAAGAGAAUCAGUUAAAGAAUGUUUUAUUAUAGCGUAUACAUUAUUCUUUUUUUCUUAUCUUUUUAAGUAGUGACACAUUAUAGUCUUCUCUAUCAACGGUCUGUCCAGGUUCCAAUAUUUUUCCUGAUGUAAGUUCAGUGUCUUUAAAAUAUCAGCUAAUUCUUCCUAUUCAUUGUAAAUAGUGUACAGAGAUAUAAAGAAUAAAUAUAAUAAUCAAAAUAUAGACAGAUAUAUAUAUAAAACUAAAGAAAUGGAGAAAAUAUAGUAAUUUUUUACUUAUUUGUCAGUACAGUAUAAUGUAUCAAACAGAUAAUCUAUGUUCACUAGAAUGUUUUAUAUCCCGGUCACGUGGAGGAUUAUUCAGGACAAAAAUAACAAACGAAAUAUUUGUUUUACGGCGUUCUCCUUCCAUCAAGUACAGGUAAAUGACUCAUACAUAACUAGAGAGCCUACAGAGUGUACAGUACAGUAGUGUUUUAUAUAUUUAGUGUGUGUGUGUGUGUGUGUAGUUACUGUUUUAUGAAUGAAAGUCGUAUUUUUAUAAACCAUAUAUGGCUCACGUUGCGAUGCCCCAGCAUGACAUAAUUAUUGAAAGUUGUAAAAGACUUUUGUUAUUUUUGUAUAAUAAUUACAAUAAAUUAGACAAUUUUUUAAGCAAAGAAUAGUUGUUAAUGGAAAUGGGUUGUUCAAAUUUUAAAGAAACAACAAUUAUAUGUACAGGUGUGUGUGUAUAAAGUACUGGUAUAGAAGUUCCCAAAGAUGAUGCCUUAACCUAAAUAUAAUAGAAAUGUCCCUAAAAGGUAACAGAACUGUACUUCUUGGUAAUGUAAUCACGCCAAAAACUUACAUUUAAGUUUUAACCUGAUUAUUGUCGUCUACAAAGAGAAUAAUAUUUAGUAAUUAUGUUUUUAAUAAUGCAAUAAUAUUCAUGAAAUUCACCCAUUAAUUGCAUUCUUAUAUACGUGACACCUGCAUUAUAUACGUGACACCUGCAUUAUAUACAUGACACCUGCAUUAUAUACAUGACACCUGCAUUAUGCCUUGACUAUGAGAACCGAUGUCAUUGUACUGUACUGUGGGUUAAGUCAUCAUUUGUUAUUCUCACUGUCACAUCUCCUGUUCUCUCUUAUGUUUUAACUCUUUAUUUCCCAUUUUAUUGUUUUGUUUUUUCAUGUAUUAUCAUUUUCCUUAACAUAUAGUUCAUGUUCUUUCGUGUUUCUCCUUAUUUCUCAUUCUCUCCGUCAGUCUACAUGAACUAACCUAUACUAAACCCCUGACUAAACCUAGAUUAACUUACCUCAACUUAAAUUAGCUCCAGACCUAGAUUAACUAACAUGAAUCUACAUUAACUGUCAACAAAGAUAUAGUUACCUCAAUCUUGACCCCUCUAGGAGUUACUUACCUUAGUUACCUCAUUCUCUCUUUUCUCUAUUAUAGUGUGUUAACUUAAAUAAACUGACCUCAUCCUGUUAACUACUGUACUCUCAACUAUAAAUGAAUUAACUUUAACUAUAGACGAAGUAAUUUUAACUAUAGAUGCAGUAACUUUAAUUAUAGGUGAAGUAACUUGAACUAUAGAUGAAGUAAAUUUAACUAUAUUAUGUAGAUGAAGUAACUUUAACUAUAGAUGAAGUAAAUUUAACUAUAUUCUGUAGAUGAAGUAACUUUAACUAUAGAUGAAGUAACUUUAACUAUAGAUGAAGUAAAUUUAACUAUAUGCUGUAGAUGAAGUAACUUUAACUAUAGAUGAAGUAAAUUUAACUAUAGACAUUUUAUCUAUAGAUGAAUUAACUUUAACGAUAUAUGAAUUAACUUAAACUAUAGAUGAUUUAACUUAAACUAUAGAUGAAUUAACUUAAACUAUAGAUGAAUUAACUUAAACUAUAGAUGAAUUAACCUUAACCUAGUCAGCUAAUGACCAUAACACCGACAACCAAAGAUGUGAAUUACAAUAUUUAUUUGGAGAAUAUUUUUUUUUUCCUUUUUUUUUUUGGUCUGUAUA